GGGUUCCCCGCAGACUGCAGCCACCUCCCCAGCAGCAGCCCCAGUGGGGUGUACGUCAUCCAGCCAGCAGCGUCACUCCCACGUGCGGUGUGGUGCGACAUGGACACGGAAGGCAAGGGCUGGACGGUUGUCCAGAGAAACACUUACACCACCGAAAUUACAUGGAAGGAGUCCUGGACCACCUACAAGUACGGCUUCGGGAACGUGCAGGGUGAUCACUGGCUGGGCACCGAGUACCUGCACCUGCUGACACAGCAGGGCACCUACAAGGUCCGCUUCAUUGUGCGGAAUAAAGCCAACGUCACCCAUUACGCCGAGUAUGACAUCUUCAGAGUGGAGAACGAGGCCAGCGGGUACCCACUGAGGCUAGGCCGGUUUUCUGGUGAUGGGGAUGACUAUCUGACCAGCUAUCACCCCAAGAAGGGGGGCAUUCAUGACAACAUGAAGUUCAGCACAACUGACAGGGACCAGGACCAGUACAGUGGGAACUGUGCCAACAGCUACGGGGGCUGGUGGUACGACAGGUGUCAGAAUGUCCUGCUCAAUGCCAAAAACCACAUCCUCUGGCCAGGAUUCUGUGAUAAUGGCGACUGCGCAUCCUCCCUCAUCCUGGUCAAACCCACAGACGUGUGCUGACCGUGCCACAGCGCCCAGCCUCCUGGGGGUUUGGGGAAGUGCCACCCUCCCCAGCUCAGUGCCCCGUUCCCGUGCCUGCCAACAGCCCCGUGCCAACCCUGGGACACAUCCUGCGUUUCCUGCAGGUC